AUGAUUGAAUUAGGUAAUGUACAUACAGAAUCUGUAGUAGAAUCAACAAUACAUUUAUUUAUAAAUGGUAUUGUAUUAACACGAUAUGUUGAUUUAUUCGAAAAAACAGUUGAUAAUAAUAAUUAUUCAUCAAAUCAAUAUUAUUUUAAUUUAUUUGUUGAUCCAACAAAAACUUCAUCUACAACAUCAUCAACUACGUCAAUCAUAUCAACUAACACAACUUCAAUAACAACAACAAAUGAAUCAACUACGACUAUUACUACAAUUGUUACAAAAUGCAAUUAUAUAUCACUAAUAACUGAACAAUCCUUAAUUGAACAACGAUUUGGUCAUCCAUGUAAUAUGUAUUGUUCACAUUGUCGACAAUCAACUGUUAAUUAA